AUGGGUAUACAUAAUGCUAAUAGAAGUUUUGUUGUUGAUCAUUUGAAAAAUGAUUAUUGGACUAGAUUAUUUGACAUUAUGGAAGACAAGAAUUUUGUUGAUUUAUUAAUUAAUUAUAAAGGAGUUUAUAAUAAUGUUCAAAUAUUUGGAGAUUCCUUCAAAUUUGAAGUUAAAGAGAUAGAUAAUAAAGAUAGUGAUGGGAUUGAACCUGUUACUAAAUUUGAUAUUAUUCAUUAUCGAAAAACAGCAAGAUAUAAUGAUUUUAAAUUAAUCAAUAGAGAUGAGAUUAUGAAAGAUGUGGUGCAUCAAUUAGGACUAAAUGAAAAUUCAAAAAGGUUUAGAGUAUUUCGUAAAAUACGGGACAAAAUGAUUGAAAAUGAUAUGAAUUGUGAUUAUGAAUCUAUUUAUUUAAAUUUAUUUACUAAAACGGAAUGUAACUAUGAGAAAAUCUUAACGAAUGCGACUCCAGUCACAUUUGUAUACAAAUUCGUCAUUGUUAUUCUAGGAAAAAUCAUGUCUUUAGAUGCUUGGGGUGGUCCAAAAAAUAAAAUAAUGAUAAAGAGAAAGAUUAAACAAUUUCUAGACAUGAAACCAUAUGAAAAAUUCUCAACUCAUGAAUUAAUAUCCGGAUUACAGUUAUCAAAGUUUAAAUUUUUAGGCAGAACUCCAUAUUGUAUGUGUAAACAAGAUCAUGAAACGCGUAAAAAGUUUUUAAAAUUAUACAUCAAAUGGAUAUUUAAAAUGGUUAAAAGGUUAUUAAAAUGUUUCUGGUACAUUACCGAAUAUACGUCUUCAUCAGAUAAUGAAUUAUAUUAUUUUUCUCAAUUUUUAUGGACUAGAUUAUGUAUACAUUGGGAAACAGAAUAUGUCAAGAAAUUUUUAGUUCAAUGUCAAAUUACAGGUAAUGAAAGAUUUAAUUUUGGUUCAGUCAGAAUAAUACCUAAAGUUUCAAAAUUUAGAACCAUUUGUAUACCAAGUAGGAUUUCAAUAAAUUACAAAGGUUUGGAAUUAGAUGAAAAAGCUAAAACUAGUCAAAGAAUUCAAUUUACAAUAUAUAGUAAACAACAAAUAGCACCAGUUAGACAAAUAUUACAAUUGAAAUUAAACCAAAUCAAGCAAAUGAAAUUAAGUUAUCAAUCUACAGUUUAUUCAAAAUUUGAAAUAAUGCAACGAAUUAAAGAGUUUAAGUUAAAAAACAAGGGAAAGAAGUUUUUUAUAUUAAAAUUUGAUAUGAUGGAAUGUUUUGAUAGGAUGGAUCAAGUUAUGUUAUUACAUAAAGUACAAGAAUUAUUUAAAAAUGAAUCAUUAGAAACUCCAUAUAUUAUUCGAAGAGUUUCCUUACUUGAUUCCAGAAAUUUAAAAAUGAAGAAAAUAACAAACAAGAUUGGUUCAAACAUUGAAAGUUUUAAUUUUAUAGGUGGUGAAAAUGAUAAUGAUGAUACAAAAGUAUUGGUAGACAAUUCAAAAACUUUUAAUUUUACAAAGAAGGAUAUAAUAGAUAUUUGUAAAUCACAAAUUUUUGAAACUAAAGUUUUAAUUAAAGAUAAAUGGUAUAGGAGAAAAGUUGGUGUGUUUCAAGGUUUUCCAUUACUGUCAAUUUUUUGUGAUUUACUUUAUAGUUCACUCAUUGAUCAAGAGUUUAAUUUCUUGUUUGAUAGAGGUCAUAAUAAUCAUGAAAAGAGUAUGUUAAUCAGAUUAGUUGAUGAUUUUUUAUUCGUUUCACCUGACCAAGAAAUUUAUGAACAAAUGUUGGUUAAAAUUCAAGAUGAAAAAUUACAUGAUUAUGGUGCAUAUAUCAAUGAAGAAAAAACAGAAACUGGUAAAGUGACCUUUUUUGGUUUACAAGUACACAAUGAUUUAUCAGUUGUUGAUCUAUGUACCUAA